AUGGAGGAAGAGUCAAAUAAUGACCCCUCUUUUGACUCAGAUGAAUCCGAUGACUAUAAUUACAAUGAACCUGACUAUGAUGUUGAGGGUGAAAAACUUAGUGCUGAGAGACUUCAUCCGGAAUCGUUCUUAUACAAAGGACUAGAGAGAAAUGAAGUUGAAAGUUUUCUCAACAUUAUAGUGGACAAUCUCUGUAACUUGGUCCAUGUACCACCAGCAAUAGCACGUUUGUUGCUACACAAUAACAAAUGGGAUGUGGAGGCAGUUAAGAAAAAGUUUUUGACCCAUCCUCUGGUCACACUUAUUAACCAUAAUAUUUUACCAGGCCUAAACGUACAGCCCAGCUGCAGUGACAGUCAAGCAGUGAUGGCCACUGUUCAUACAGUUCAAAGUCUGAACUUCCGAGUGGCUCAUUUUCUCUCUCCCCCCAAAAUCACCUCAGAUUCCUGUUGUGAAAUAUGUUUUUCAGUUCCAUCUUAUAAGGUGGAAAAUCCAGUGAAUUUGUUCAGUGAAUCAGACCUGGAAAUGCCUGACCGUUCAAAUCCCUUCAAACAAGAGAGUUCGAAGACUUCGAUUUCUUUUCCUUAUGGUAUUACUAUUCCUCCGCCUUCAUCUCAUCCCUCUACUAUUUCCAAUAGUGUAUUUGAUGUUUGGUCAGAUAAAUCUCAUGAUAAAAAAUAUAAUUUUUCAAGUAGUAAUGGAAUAAAUGGAUUAUGCGGUCUGUCAUGUGGUCAUCGAUUUUGUCGGGAUUGUUGGUGUUCGUAUUUGACAGUAAAAAUUGAAGAAGGUUUAAGUAUUGAUAUUAAGUGUAUGUCGGUUGGAUGUAACGUUCUAGUCAUAGAGGAUUUUCUGCUAACAUUAUUAAAGAAUUCACCUGUAAAGGACAAAUAUUUAAAUUUAUUGUUUCAGCGUAUGGUUGAAAGUCAUCCUUCACUACGAUUUUGUGUGGGUUUUAACUGUCCUGUUUUAAUUUGUUCACUGGAAGAGCCGAAAGCACGUCGUGUCCGGUGUGAACGUUGUCAUUCAGAAUUUUGUUUCAUGUGCUCAGAAGCCUACCAUGCUCCGACUAGUUGUGCAACUUUGAAGCACUGGCUUGUUAAAUGUCGAGAUGACUCAGGAACAGCGAAUUAUAUGACAGCACAUACUAAAGACUGUCCGUCAUGUCAUGUGUGUAUAGAAAAGAACGAAGGCUGCAAUCAUAUGAAAUGCUCAAUAUGCCAUUAUGAAUUUUGCUGGGUGUGUUUAGGCGUGUGGAAAUCACACGAUGCAGAAUAUUACUUUUGCAGCAAAUAUCAGGAGAAUCCAGAUGCUGCAAAAGAAUCUGUUAGGACACGAGCACGUGAAUCGUUAGAGCGUUACAUGUUUUAUUAUGAAAGGUGGGAAAAUCAUGAACGAAGUCUGAGAUUAGAACAUGAUCAACGAGCACGUAUUCAAGCUCGUAUCAAUGAAAAGGUGCUUAAAAAAGAAGAUACACUAAGAAACUGUCGAUACACUUUGAAGUAUACUUAUCCACACGCUUUCUAUGGUGAGAAACUAGAACGUAAAGAAUUGUUCGAGUAUCAACAAGCCUUGUUAGAGGCUGAAGUGGAAGAUCUCUCGUGGAAAAUAGAGCAUGCUGAAAUAACAGAUCGAGCAGAUUUACAAAAUAAAAUGGAUAUAUGUGAAAAACACCGCUUAACUUUAUUACAAGAAUUUUUGACCAAUUAA